CGGCCGGACGCGCCUCUGGCCGGAGCUGACCCGGCCCCUCGGCGGCGCACCCUGACAGGAGAAGCCAGCCAUGCAGGAGCCGCUGCUGGGAGCCGAGGCCCCGGACUAUGACACCUUCCCCGAGAAGCCACCCCCGUCACCAGGGGAGAGGACGCGGGUCGGGGCCCUGCAGAACAAGAGGGUGUUCCUAGCUACCUUCGCUGCUGUGCUGGGCAAUUUCAGCUUCGGGUAUGCCCUGGUCUACACGUCCCCUGUCAUCCCAGCCCUGGAGCACUCCUUGGAUCCAAACCUGAGUCUGACCAAAACCCAGGCAUCCUGGUUUGGGUCCGUGUUCACCUUGGGUGCGGCGGCCGGGGGCCUCAGUGCCAUGGUGCUCAACGACCUCCUGGGCCGGAAGCUCAGCAUCAUGUUCUCGGCUGUACCCUCGGCAGCGGGCUAUGCGCUCAUGGCGGGUGCCCAUGGCCUCUGGAUGUUGCUCCUGGGGAGGACGCUGACGGGCUUCGCUGGGGGACUCACAGCUGCCUGCAUCCCGGUGUACGUGUCUGAGAUCGCUCCCGCAGGCGUCCGUGGGGCCCUGGGCGCCACACCGCAGCUCAUGGCAGUGUUCGGAUCGCUGUCCCUCUACGCCCUGGGCCUGCUGCUGCCGUGGCGCUGGCUGGCCGUGGCCGGGGAGGGGCCUGUGCUCGUCAUGAUCGUGCUGCUCAGCUUCAUGCCCAACUCACCUCGCUUCCUGCUCUCGAGGGGCAGGGACUCGGAGGCGCUGCAGGCACUGGCCUGGCUGCGAGGGGCUGACGCUGACAUCCGCUGGGAGUUCGAGCAGAUCCAGGACAACGUCCGGAGACAGCCACCUGUCGUGGGCCGAGGCCCGGGACCCCCACAUGUACCGCCCCAUCGUCAUCGCCUUGCUGAUGCGCUUCCUGCAGCAACUGACGGGCAUUACGCCCAUCCUCGUCUACCUGCAGUCCAUCUUCGACAGCACCGCCGUCCUGCUGCAGCUGCCACGUGUCUUGCCAGCCCUCGCGGUGGGAGCGCCAGGGGGCCUGGGUCAGACCUGCCCUGGUGGCCUCCGUCUCCCCAGCGUCUCCCCAGCAACCGGCGAGGGCCCAGGCAUCCAGAAAGGUCUGCUGGGGCUCAUGGGAGCAAACGAGCUGACGCGGCCAGCAUGUUUGCUGCCAACCUGACACUGGGGCUGUACGUCCAUUUCGGUCCAAAGCCUCUGACCCCCAACGGCACCAUGGGCCUGGAGAGUGUGCCCCCGGCGGGCACAGAGCAGCCCCUGGCCACGCCCACCAGCUACCUCACCCUGGUGCCCCUGCUGGCCACCAUGCUCUUCAUCAUGGGCUACGCCAUGGGCUGGGGGCCCAUCACCUGGCUCCUCAUGUCCGAGAUCCUGCCCCUGCGGGCCCGCGGCGUGGCCUCGGGGCUCUGUGUGCUGGUCAGCUGGCUCACCGCCUUUGCCCUCACCAAGUCCUUCCUGCUGGUGGUGAACGCCUUCGGCCUGCAGGUGCCUUUCUUCUUCUUUGCCGCCGUGUGCUCCGUGAACCUGGCCUUCACCGGCUGCUGUGUGCCUGAGACCAAGGGCCGGUCGCUGGAGCAGAUCGAGGCCUUCUUCCGCAACGGGAGGAGAUCCUUCCUACGCUAGGGCGGGGCCCCCGCCGUUGAGGGCCAAAACGCUGGGCGGUGGAGCUGUCGGGGCCCCAAACCUGCACUCCGCGUCCAGGAGGCAGUGGCAACCGCCGCCAGCCAGGCACAGGAGGACCGGCCAGAGGCCUCACGGCACGGCACACGCACCGGCUCUGGGCAGGCAGCGCCCCGUCCAGCCUCGGUCCUGGCUCAGGUGGCCCCACUGUCACCCACUCAUCGGCCAGACCCACCGACGGAGGAGGCAGCCACACGGCCCCAGGGCCAAGGCCUUGUUGGGCGACCUCGGGCCUAGCGCUCACUCACGCGUGGAGGGCCACGCCGAGGACACACAGGGCUGCUGGCGGUGGAGCGGCUCCGCACAGGGACGUCGGCCCUCCUCCUGCUCUGAUCACUUGGCGGCCAUUGAGCCUCUUGGCUUUGGGGACCAAGACAGGAAACUGGGCCUGUGAGGCCUAUGGACACCGCAGGGACCGUCCUGGACCCCCAAAGGCCAGGACCCAGCGUGGACACUCCCUCCUACACCCACCCGCCUUCUGGGAACAGGAAGCGCUCAAGUUCAAGCCAUGUUCACCCUAUUUAUACAAAUAAAUCGGGCCACGGUCCAGGAG